GAACAUGUCCGAUUUUGAGGAGUUCGAAAAGCAGCUGAGUGAAAAUAGACAAGAAAGAGAGAAGGAGAGGCACAGGAGAAGAAGUCGCAGUGGGUCUCCAGGUCGCAGUGAGAAACAUCGUAGCUGGAGCAAAGACAGGGGUAGUCGCAGCCGUGAGAAACGCAGCCGUAGCCGAGAUCGCAAGAGUCGAGACAGGAGGAGCAGCUCCAGAGAUCAUAAAAAACACAGCUACUCUCCGCGAAGGACACGUAAGAAACGGACAUGUAAAUACUGGGAUGUGCCUCCUCCAGGCUUUGAGCACAUCACACCAAUGCAGUAUAAAGCUAUGCAAGCUGCUGGCCAGAUUCCCACCAUAGCUCUUCUCGCAACAUCCACGACCAGUGGGGUGGCAGUUACGCCCACACAAGUGCCCAUUGUUGGCAGCCAGAUGACCCGCCAGGCCCGACGCCUAUAUGUAGGCAAUAUUCCCUUUGGUGUGACUGAGGAGUCAAUGGCAGAGUUCUUCAAUGCUCAGAUGCGUCUGGCUGGGCUUUCUCAAGCCCCUAGCAACCCUGUGCUGGCAGUGCAGAUUAAUCAGGAUAAGAAUUUUGCUUUUCUUGAGUUUCGGUCAGUGGAUGAGACCACUCAAGCCAUGGCAUUUGAUGGCAUUAUAUUCCAGGGUCAGUCUCUGAAGAUCAGACGCCCUCACGACUACCGUCCUCUGCCUGGAAUCUCUGAGCAGCCUGCUUUUCAUGUUCCAGGUGUUGUGUCUACAGUUGUCCCUGACUCACCGCAUAAGCUGUUCAUUGGCGGUCUACCCAACUAUCUCAAUGACGACCAGGUCAAGGAGCUUUUGACUUCGUUUGGACCUCUCAAAGCUUUCAACCUGGUCAAAGACAGUGCCACAUCACUGUCCAAGGGGUAUGCUUUCUGUGAGUACGUGGAUAUCAGUGCUACUGAUCAGGCAGUAGCAGGACUUAAUGGCAUGCAACUGGGUGAUAAAAAGCUCAUCGUUCAGCGUGCCAGCGUAGGGGCAAAGAAUGCCAAUCCUUCGACCAUUAUAGAGACCCCGGUGACUCUGCAGGUGCCUGGACUCCAAAGACUGCAGAACUCCGGCCUGCCCACGGAGGUGCUGUGCCUCCUCAACAUGGUGAUGCCAGAGGAGCUGUUGGAUGAUGAAGACUACGAGGAGAUCCUGGAGGACAUCAGAGAGGAGUGCUGCAAAUAUGGCAACGUGCGCUCCAUUGAAAUCCCACGGCCCAUUGAUGGGGUGGAAGUGCCCGGGUGUGGCAAGAUCUUUGUGGAGUACGUGUCGGCGGCCGACUGUCAGAAGGCUAUGCAGGCUUUGACAGGACGUAAGUUUGCCAACCGUGUGGUGGUCACUAAAUACUACGACCCAGACAUGUACCACAGACACGAGUUCUGAGAGCUGCUACUGGAUUGUGAUGGCAAAGAGACCGAGGAGUGUUUG